UUGGGGGUUUAUCUAAUGUUCAGGGAAAUGUUGCCUCUUAUUCAGAGAAAGAUUUCUCUGUUUUUUUCUGUCCUGCUUCUUUCAUUGCUCUGGAACCUUCCAACCUCUGAAAACAGGAUAGAGAAGCCACCCUGCUUCCCCCAAAUUAGCCCCAGCCUUGUCAGACAUGGGGAUCUUGUGGUGGGGACUUUUCUCCCCAUGUAUUUAGUUGAAGUGAGCGGUGUCACAGGAGCAGGAUUCUUUGGAAGUAAACCUGAUGACGAUUGUAGGAAUUAUAAGUGGCUAUACAAGAAUUACCAACAAGCCCUGACUGUAAUGUUUGCUGUGGAGGAGAUCAACAAGAACUCCAACCUGUUGCCCAACCUCACGCUGGGCUUCCACCUCUACAACGCCUACCACAGCGACGCCAGCACCUUGGAGAGCUCCCUGAGGUGGCUGUCCGGGCAGGGCCAGCUCAUCCCCAACUACAGCUGCUGGGGGCAGGAGCAGCCUGUGGCGGUCCUUGGAGGAGCCACAUCAGCUCUGUCUGUCCAGAUGGGGACCCUGCUGGAGCUCUACAGGUAUCCGCAGAUCAUCUACGGGCCAUUUGAUCGCAUCCUGAGUGACAAGACUCAGUUUCCUUCUCUUUACCAAAUGGCCCUUAGGGACUCUUCUCUCCAUAAAGGUAUGGUCAGACUGAUGACUCAUUUUGAAUGGACAUGGGUAGGUCUGGUCAUAAUAGAUGACCUGAGAGGUGAGGAAUUCCUUCAGGAACUGACAUCAGAGAUGGCAAAUCAUGGUGUCUGUGUGUCCUUCAUAGAGAAGAUCCCAGUCAGUGAGAGAAGACACACAGAAUCCCAGGUACCAUUUAUGCCCAGGAUCAUGGCAUCAUCCAGCAGAGUGAUUUUCAUUCAUGGUGACACAGAUUCAUUAAUGAUCUUGAGAUAUUCAGAAGCUCCUUUUCUCCCAAAUUUCAAGGUGUGGGUCACUACCUCUCACUGGGACAUUACUGUGAGACCUGAAAAUGUUGAUGGUAAUAACUUCCACGGCGCACUUACAUUUUCACACAUAACAAGUGAUGUCCUAGGUUUUAAGCCUUUUCUCAGGUCUGUGAACCCUGUUAAAUAUCCAGAAGACAUUGUACUAAGAGAAUUCUGGCACUCAGCCUUUAGAUGUACAGAUGAACCAGAAAAGCUGAGGCAAGAAAAAUGUUUAGCAAAUGCCUCCUUGGAAACUUUGCCUUUGCUUUACUUUGACAUGACCCUGUCUGACUUGAGUUAUACCAUCUAUAAUGGUGUAUAUGCUGUGGCUUGGAACCUCCAUGAAAUGUUCCUGAUGAAAUUAGAAAAAGAAUCUAUGGCAGAGGGAGAAACCUGGGUGCCUCAUGCAUGGAAGCUCCACUCCUUUCUAAAGAGUCUCCAGUUCAACAACAGUGCUGGUGACCAGGUGUUUAUGGAUGAGAAGAGAAACCCCGAAGCUCAGUACAACAUCCUGAACUACAUAAACCUGAAUAUAGAUACUGAAGCUCUGGUGAAAGUUGGACAAUUUAGUCCCAAGGCUGAGUCUGGCCAAGAUUUCACCAUUGAAGAGGAGGCCAUAGUGUGGGACUGGUCAGGUUCUAAGACUCCCUGUGCCACAUGCAGUGAGAGCUGUGCUCCUGGAUUCAGACAAACCCCUCUGGAGGGGGAGCCCAUCUGCUGUUUCAGUUGUUCUCCAUGCCCUGAGGGGGAGAUCUCCAACCAGAUGAAUAUAAAAUCUUGUAUGAAGUGCCCAGAAGAUGAAUAUCCAAGUAAGGAAAGAAAUCGAUGCCUCCCCAAGGUUGUGACUUGCCUGAAUUUUUCAGAACCUUUGGGGGUGACUCUCAUCUGUGUGGCUCUUUCCUUCUCUUUCAUGACAGUUCUUAUUCUUUGGGUGUUUGUGAAGUUUCGGGAUACCCCCAUAGUCAAAGCCAAUAACCGAUCUCUCAGCUAUACUCUCCUCAUCUCUCUCAACUUCUGUUUCCUCUGCUCCUUGCUCUUCAUUGGCCAUCCCACUGCAGCCACCUGCCUCCUCCGACAAACAACAUUUGGGAUUGUGUUCACUGUAGCUGUGUCCUCCAUUUUGGCCAAAACCAUCAUGGUAGUCCUGGCUUUCAAGUUUACAACGCCAGGGAGCAAGGGUAGGUGGUGGGUACAAUCCAAACUGUCCAACUUUGUUGUCAUUAUCUGUUCUGGGAUUCAAGUGAUUCUCUGUGGCAUCUGGUUGGCAAUCUCUCCCCCUUUCCCAGAUUUAGAUAUACACUCUGAACCAGGUCAGAUCAUCAUUGGAUGCAAUGAGGGUUCUGUCAUUGCCUUCUACUCUGUCCUAGGCUACAUGGGCUUCCUAGCCCUCUGCAGCUUCACAGUGGCUUUCCUGGCCAGGAAUCUGCCUGACACCUUCAAUGAGGCCAAGUUCAUCACCUUCAGCAUGCUGGUGUUCUGCAGUGUGUGGGUCUCCUUCCUGCCCACAUACCAGAGCUCCAAAGGCAAAGCCACAGUGUCUGUGGAGAUCUUCUCCAUCCUUGUAUCCAGCGCUGGGUUACUGAGCUGUAUCUUUAUUCCUAAAUGUUACGUGAUCCUGCUUAGGUCAGACAGAAACACCCAGGAAAGGAUAAAAAAGAAAGUUGGUUCCAUGAGCAGGAAUCAUGAUGGAUUAUUGUCUUUUGGUUCCUACCAGAGGCAUAAUCAAUUUUAA